AUGAAUAAUAACAAUGGCGGAAAAAACUUCGUUGCGUUGCCGUUAUCGAAGGCAGCAAAGAGGAAGAGAAGACGCCAAAGGAAAGCUGCACUCGAAAAAGCGGCUCGGGAAUUAUCCGUGAGCACCAGCAAGGCAGGACAAAUUGCACAGCAUUCCUUGAAUCAUGUUACUUAUAGAAAUAAUGCACCAAAAUCAUUAAUCGGUACAUCUAAUGCCCGAGUCAAUGAUGCUCAUUUGGAUGGAAAUUAUUUUUCAGAACCAUCUAAGAACAGUGAAGUUGGAACUUUAUAUCGACAUGUAGGCCGCUUGUCCUACAAUGAAAGUUCAAAUCUUCGCAUUCAACCGUCGAGAUCAGGUGAAUUUACAGUGAACUCUAGAAGAGAUGAUUGUGGAGUGCCAUCUUCGAAUUAUAAGAAUUAUGAUAGCUCGUCUUCACCGAGAUUAGAUUCCGGUCAUUAUAAUAAUCAAUUGCGUAAUGACAAUAUUUCAUUACGUCCCACAAGAUCAGGAGUUUAUUCUCUUAAGCGUUCACGUCCUAAUGAACACGUGAAUAACGGCGAACGUGAUUAUUUCAGAAGACCUUAUUCAUCGGAAUAUAAGAAUAAGGAUAUUCAAAGGCCAUUGGAUGACGGUGUAGAUUAUUAUAGCGAAGAUUACCGAUCUCCCGACCCGUCGAGUCACAUUAGGUCAAAAUCAAAUAAGUCAAAGUCCAAGAAAAUUAGAAAAGAUCCUCAAAUGAACCAAAAUCAUCACCGAUUAAAUAAUAAUAUGUCCUCCAAGAUUAACUAUUCGCAAAAUGAUAAUCGAAACUUCAGAGAUAGAGAUAAUUUAGAAAGUGAUACUAGGGGCGCGAAUGAUCAUCCUUCUAUGAAGUAUAUGCACACUGCAUUGAUACCUUCGAUCAAGGUUGAGAAAUCAUUGCCAAAAUUGAUUGUUCUUGAUCUUAAUGGAACCCUUAUAUUUCGUACAUGUUCCGACAUCGAGAAAGCUAUAUUACGUCCAUAUAUUAAAGAUUUUAUGGAUUAUAUAUUCUCUGGUGGGUUUUCUGUAAUGGUGUGGUCCUCGGCUCAACCCAAAAAUGUUAAAAAAAUGGUAAAGGCAACAUUUGGUCAUCAUGAGACUAAAUUGAUUGAUGUUUGGACCAGAGAUAAGUUUUCAUUGAGUUUUCAACAAUACCAUCAAAAAUGCCUGACGAUCAAAGACCUCGAGAAGGUUUGGAAAGAGUUAAAUUCAGAUUCAUCUCUCAAACCUUGCCUAGAGCUUAGAUCAGAAUCGCCCAAUACCUCUGUUGUUUGGGAUCAGACAAACACUAUAUUGAUAGAUGACUCCUUGCUGAAAGCUCAAUUGCAACCUUUUAAUUCUAUUCAUCUGUUAGAAUUUAACGAAAGACUGGCAUUUUCAAGAAAUGAUAGCGAGUUGAAGGAUGUUAUUCCAUACCUUGAAAAAUUAAGGCAUCAAACUAAUGUUAGUGCUUAUAUUAGAGAUUUUCCAUAUAGAAGAAUACAUAAUGACAAAUCUUCAAGUCCCGUUAUUGAUCUUGGAGGCCAAUCACACAGUCCUCCGCUUAGUACAGCAUCCUUUGCUCGUAAGUCCAACCUAGAAAAGCGAAAUUAUCAUAGAUUUCCUAAUGCUGCUCGGGAUAUGAUCGCUUCAUCUUCUGGAAGCACAAAGUCAGUAAUCAAAACGGAAAUGGAUUGCUAUGCCACCUAUAACAAAGCAACCCUAAAUGACGCAUCUUAUAAUUCUUCCUCUCGUUUCAAGCAAGAAUCUGGUUAUCAUAGGGCUAGCACUUCUCAAGUUGUUGUCAAAAGUACAACUUCAAUUUCCGACAACAAAUUUUAUUCGACAAGUGCCAACGAUCAGCAAAAAACAAAUCCGGAUAAUUGCAAGGUAUCUUGA